UCAGGCUGUGAUUGGCUAGUGGUAUCUUACCUGAACCCCUGCGCUAGUUGUACAGUCAGUCUGUCCCUCAGGGCAGAGUAAGUAGCCAAUCAUAGCGUAGGGAGGCGGGGCUUGUCUGAAUACGGGUGGGAAGACAAUAACGUCUUUUGGGAGCUAGGUACAGUAAACCGUGCCAACGUCUGCUGUCCGGCUCUGGAAACCGUAGGUGGAAUGUAAUGUCCCUCGCCCCUGCUCCUCCUGUGUUCACGAUGACGUUUCUCUCCGCCUGCACCCAGAUGAUCCCCUCGUCUAUAUUAUCGUGAGGAGCAUCGUGAUGUAAGGCAGCAGAUAAGUAGCUCCGCGCUCUGUUCCAAAAAACACACCGUCCUUAAUCUGCCGAUCAGCAGCAGAGGGCAGGUAAACUGCAGGAACACCUGAGAGGCCAUGAGGCUCCUUACACUGACACUGUUCUUCAUCCUGCACUCACCGCUGCCACUGACCGCAGUCGAGAAGCUGGAGACCAUCGAGUUCGAUGAGACGAAUGCGCUCACCUGUGGCCAGGGCCUGACUGAUUGUAAGGUAAACCCAGGUGAUUUUUGUGUCGACCGUGAUGACAGAGUGUAUGUGAGCAGUCUUGCUGCUGUUGCAUUGCUGUGCCACAGUCAUAAAGGUUGGCUUCCAUGCCUGAGAAUCCAGCUUAACAUCACAUCUCAAGGAUCCCAUGAGGACUCAGGUGUGUCUGGGGAGGCCAUCCACGAAGAUGAAAGAGAUGAAAGUAAGGAAGAAGAGCAUGGAAGCAGUCUGGGCCAUUUCGCCGCUGUCUCAGAUUCAGCAUUUGUCCAAGUGUGCUACAGCAUCCCUGAUUUUUCUGGUUCAAAAGAGCUCACUUUCACACCACACAUAUCCGCUGACCACCCAACACAGAUGUGGAUGUCCUUGGUAGUAGAGCUGAGCCAAGCUCACUUUGGCAGUAAAUUCACCAUCUUCUCUUCAGCCACUCACAACUUCAGCGAACAAGUGAACACACUGCCAUCAAUAGACACAGUGUGUUCCCAAGGCCUGGACAUUCCUCUGUGUAAUGGACCCAUUGUGCACAAAGAAAUCAACCAUGCGACAGGAAUGGUCAAAUUACACAUAGAUGAUGCAGGCAGGGACAUUCUUAAUGAACUACGAGCAUGCCAGAAGAUGGAGAAAGAAGGGGAAUGCUAUAAACUAGAAUGGAAGGAAAAUCCACUGAUGAUUCCCUUGAGCGCUGCUGCCCCCUGCCUAUGCUACCAGGUUUGGUGGAAAACCUCAAAAGGUGCACCUCGAAAUGAGUUCUGCCCAUUUAAUGAUACAGCUCUUUCUGGCUCGAAUGUGUCAGUGUCUGUGGUGGAGCAAAGGAAAACUCAUGAUGGAUCCAUUCAUAGAAACACCACUGCUCUUGUCUGGAACAUCACUGCCCCCUGCAGGCUGGAGGCUGAAAUUCAGCUCUGCAAGAAAAGCUGGUCUGACGCAGGCUGCCAUGAAAUACGUGACUUAAGAAAAACGAGGCUUCAUAUACAUAGACAUCAUUAUUCGAAAUGGAGGCAGCUCAAACAGCAGUGGCAGUUUCAGGGGGAGUUUGCUGAAGUGGAACAGCACCCUUCACUAUGCAUGCAGAUUACGGUGAAGGGACUGGAAGGACAUUUUAAGCUUUUCUGUCCUUUUGAAGUGACCAGAACUCACUGGAGCUUUGUUUUCUUGGUGUGUGUGGUGCUUAUAUGUUUGACUGUUUUGGGAGCCUAUGCAGUACAAGGAACACUCAAAGGUUGGGUGUUCAGGUGGCUGAAAGUGGAUGACAUCAAAGGAGCAGUAGGAGGCAGUCAGGUGGUACUGCUGUACCCUCCUGAUGCGGAUAGUGGUCUGGCAGAGCUUGUGUGUCGCCUGGGCUCAGGUCUAUCGUCUCUGGGCUUCAAUGUGUCUCUGGACCUGUGGAGCCGCUCAGAGCUCAGCGCUUUGGGCCCCAUACCCUGGCUGCACUCACGCCUCGACCGGGUGCAGCGCCACGGGGGCAAGGUGGUGCUAGUCCUCACCCAGGCAGCCUGGGCACGAGCGGAGGAGUGGGGCUGCCGUGCUGGAGCCAGAGAGGAGCUGAAAAUGGAAAAGGACAAAGAAGACAGCGGCCCUCUUGUUUCAGCUUCACCCUAUUCUGACGUUUUUAGCGCCUCGCUAAGCUGCAUUCUUGCGGACUACCUGCAGGGCCGUGCCGGUGAGCGCUUCGUUCUGGCCCAGUUCGAAGCGCAGCCGGCUGGACCACCAGCUGCAGGGGGACCUUUGCCUGAGCUUUUCCGUGGACUGCCACUGUUCACCCUGCCCUCACAGAGUUUGGGCUUUUUGACAGAACUCGCUAACGGGACUCAGAAGAGACAAGCAGGAAGGGUGGCGAACAGGAGGAUGAGGGCUGGAGUUUUGAGGGCAGGGUCACGGACUUUGGCUGAAGCCUUGCGGGGGCUAAGAGGGGGAACGGGAUACAAGCUGGUUGGGCUUUCUCAGGGGUUCAGGACAGAGGAUCUGUGGGAGAGCAUCCCUCUGCAGCAAGGGCUUUCAUCCCCAACAGCCAGUCCUGAACUACACAACAAAAGCAGCACAGUCAACUGGGUCUGAUUUAAAGUAAACUCAGCUAUAGAAGCCCGGCCCACAGCGUGAAUGUAUGGAUGUAUAUAAUGAAUAUUGUACACUAAGAUGGUUACAACCAUCAGAAUCAUGCCGGUUACUCUUAGACAUACACGCACAUCCCUGUGUAUGCACUUCUGAGCAGCAUUUUUAUCAAGCUAAGUGCUCACUAGUCACCAGCAGCAAGUAGGUGCCUGCUCUGCACACCAUCACAGUGAGUCUUUCAGAGCAAACGAAAGUCACUACAUUGAAAUGCUUGUGGAGUUCAUAGAAGUUCAGUUAUCUUUAAAAGGUAUUUUGUUUGAAGUAUCCAUCAAGUAAAAGAGCUCUCCUAAAAUGUUGCCAAUGUGCAUACCACUUUAUUUCAUGCAGGUCUGUUUUUGUUGCUAAUAUAUAUCCCAGAAAAGGCUCACAAAAAACAACAGCCUGUGGUUGGUCACUUCUGUAUAUCACUGAAACAGCCUCUUCCUGUGAAAGUAGGCCAUUCUGAGCAGCGACACCAAAAAUAUACAGCCAUAUGCAAAUGUUUGGUCAUGUUUUGGUUGAUCUUUCUAAGUGUAAAUAAGUACAUAUCCUCUACAGAGAACACACAAUUACUGUCUGUCUGCUGGUUUCAACAUAUUGGCUAUUCAAUAAAAGCAAAACAUAAAAUAUGGCCUGUGCAAAAAAUAUAGCAUAUUUCAUAUUAUGUUUAUUUUUUUCCAAUAUGUUAAAGCCAGAAACUGAUAUCUGUGUAUGAAACUGUCAAUAGCCAGAUGCCUUAGAGGGUGUAAAGUGAGCACCUUCUGUGAAGUUGUUAGAAAAAGGAAGAGAUGUUUAUGGCUUAAAGAAAUGCACACACUGUGAAAAGGUGCAGAAAAAUAGGGCAUCUAUCUCAGUUAAAAAUGUCACAUAUUUUUCACCAUGUGAGUAAAAAUCUUUAAAUUAGCACUCUCAGUGUAAAGUUUUUAUUUGAAUCUAGUCAAAAGUUACGUUCUUAAAUCCCUGACCAAAAAUGCUGAGUGCUGAAUUUAGUUAAAUCCCCAAAGCAUGGACCAGUCACUGUGUACCAGUUUGCACAUAGUGAUUUUCAUAGUGUAUAACAUAUGAUGUUUUUCAAAGUCCUUUUAGGAAGGUCUGUUCACUCUGUGGCCAUCUUGGCAACGUCACUGGGCAGUUAUUUCUAGCCAUACAAGACCAGGCUUGUAUCUCUUUGAAUGGAAAGAGAUCAAAAUACUUGAAACUGAAGGUCAAAUAAUGGUUUGAAACACAUAUUUGAGAUCAUUGAUAAAAUCUGACAAAAAUGUGUUGUGUUUAACUCAAUAACACACAAAAACAUGUUUUUUCCGGUUGUUCUGGCUACUUGUGACAAUGAGGGGGGUUUUACCUUUUCACAGUGUAAACAGCAAGCAGCGAGCUGAUUGGCUCUCUUUCUUGAAGGGUGGGAUGUUUUCUGCAAAGAGACACCAUGUUGAGCCUUACUUUGCUUUCUCAUUCGUAUUUCAACCAUUGACCAGUCUCCUCCUUUAUAACGACUCAGUCUAACUCAUUGAUAGUCUGCUAAUGGUUUGAUACUGGGAUGUUAAAGGGACACUCCAGCAUUUUUCAACUUAAUCUCCAUCUGCCACAUCUCUGUCAUGUGGUUGAUUACCAUGAACAAUAAUUUUGAUGCAUUUCCAUGAACAGAAGACCCACUGACAUUAAACGCACUUCUGAUAAAAGCCAAUGGGCAGGUCCUGAAGCAAUUGAAGUGAUUCUAAAGGAAAAAUUUUGAGUAAGUGGGUUUUCAAACCUGUUGUCAAAACUAUUGCCGAUGGUAACAGACCAUAUGAUUCAGCAGAUAGAGAAGCUUGAACUACACUGGACUGUUUCUUUAAGGCUUGGUGACUGCAAGUGGUCCAUAUUUGGGUGGGAUCACCUCCUACAGUCGAAUGCAAAAGUUUGGGCACAUUCAUUACUUAUUUACAUUAUUAAUUUCUAAGUAAAAGUAAGUACACAUCCUCUGAAGAGAACACACUUCUACACAUUUUAAUACGCAUUUGCUGUUAAAUGGCUGAAUUAAACAUUUUGGUUGGGGGGGGGGGUAUGCAUAAAAUGUGGCCUGUGCAAAAGUUAUUGCACCCUUUAUAUUUUAGGUGUUAUUUUUCCCCCAACAUGUUAAACUCAGAUAAAUAGAAAUUGUGCACUAAAAUUUGCUGAAAAAAAAAUGCCGUAGUGUUUCUGUGUACCCUGACCGCAAGAGUAUAAUGGACCACUGUUGGCCCGUUGAUGGCACAGAUGGUGGUCCACUGGCAUUUUGCUCAGGCCCACCGGUGGUUAAGCAGAGUCAUCCACAGUCCAACUUAGUUAUUUUUCCUUCUUUCCUUUCUUUGGUUAUACUUUGUAAAUUAGUUCAGUAAAUAGUUUUAAUCUAGCACGGUGUCAGCGACAAUGUAAAUGAUUCUAUAAAAUCAUUUUAUAUCAGGCCUAGUCAUUAUUUUUUUUCUCUCAGUUGUUUGUAAUUAGUUUAUUAUCUAAAAUAAAAGGCUCUGGUAGGAACUACUUAGAGCUUGUGUGCAGGACAAUAAUCUGAGUGGUCCGAGGGUGAACCAGCAGUGGCAAACAGUGGACUGAUGUAUGGUUGCGAUCUGGGUAGAUGAUGUUUUAACUUAUUUUCACUUAGAAAAUCAACACAACAUGUCAUUUGACUGGGGGCUGUUCUUCUGCAUGCGACUGUAAAUGGGCCUAUACUGCAGGUGACUUAGAGACAGGGGAGGCACGUUGUAGCAGGCGUUGGUGGUAUAGUGGUGAGCAUAGCUGCCUUCCAAGCAGUUGACCCGGGUUCGAUUCCCGGCCAACGCAACUCCUUUAGUAUGCUGGGGGGAAAAAUGUAACCGCGUUGUUCACUCAGUCUGUACACACUGACAGUAAUGUACACGCGAACUUAUUGAACGGACUGUUUUGUUAGACGUCUCAGAUUACAGUCCUCUCCUCACUAAUUCGACUGUGUGAGUUAGAGGGAGAGAGAGAGAGGGAGAGAGAGAGAGAGAGCUAAAAUGGUGAACUGUUCACUCGAACAGCAUAUCCUCAUCAGAAUGUGAAACAUCUUCCUAGGAACUAUCACUUCUAUGGAGAAAUGCUUUUUUUGUUGUUCAAAUGUGUGAAGUACCAUUGUACAUACACUACUACGUGUGUUAAGUGAACCGAACAGAAUACAUAAGGAGGUUAAAGGGCAUUUGGAUCUGUCUUACAUCAUUUUUGUGUGCUAUUUCUCACAUGUUCAGGAACCGUAAACAGAUUUUUUUCUAAUGUAGCAUUUAUUUCACUCGAAGCUUGUAAAUAGUGUUGAAUUUCUGUGUGUUUGGUUUUCAUGUUACUCCCUUUUACCUUGUGUUUACAUUAAAAUUAAACCUCUUUUUGAUGAGA